AUGCCUAAGGAAAAGACCACACGUAAGGCCAAGGGUACCCGCGUUGAGCGCAAGAAGAAGGACCCCAACGCACCCAAGCGUGGUCUCUCCGCGUACAUGUUCUUCGCCAACGACAACCGUGAGAAGGUUCGCGAAGAGAACCCCGGCAUCUCUUUCGGUCAGGUUGGCAAGAUGCUCGGUGAGAGGUGGAAGGCCCUGAGCGACACUGAGCGCCGCCCUUACGAGGAGAAGGCUGCCGCUGACAAGAAGCGUUACGAAGACGAGAAGGCGAGCUACAACGCUGCCCCCGAGGACGAUGAGGAAUCUUCUUAA